AUGGAGGAUAUUUCCAUGGAGUCGCAAAAUAACACUACGAUAUUUGGCAUUUGCAAACUUGCCAUUGCAUGUAAUCUUCCGUUAUUUGGCUAUAUGAAAUACAACACUCCCUCUUGUUUAACCAUGAACCAGAAUUCUAAACCUCCGAAGAAACGCCUUUCGUAUAGAUUAAUGCUAAACGAAGAGAAGGAGCACAUCAAAAAGAAAGACGAUGAUAGUAGUAACAAUUACAGGGACGAGAAGAAGAGGAAGAAGUCGGUUGAUUAUUAUUCGAAUGGUAUAAAAAAACAAAAAAGGCUACCAUCUACGGAGUAUGCUAGUGCUGUUAUUAAUCGGCAAGACUUUAAUGAUGACAAUGAUGUAAGGGUAGUGAUUGUUAAAAAACUCGAGAAUUCCGACGUGAACCCUCACCAGGCACGUCUAUCAAUCCCAAAAUCGAAAUGUUGUAACAAGUUCUUGAGUAAUAGAGAAGAGAGGUUCCUUCAAAAGGUGGAUAAGUAUGAUAGAAAGUGCAAGAUACAGGUGAAGGUUAGAGGGUGUAACUCGGUAAAGGCGCAUAACAUGUUUCUGACUCGAUGGGAUUAUCCAGAUCAAUGCGGAUAUAGGUAUGUGUUGAAUGGUGCCAACCCAAGCUGGAAUACUUUGAGAAGAGAGUUUCGGCUAGAGGAAGGAGAUGUGAUUACCGUCGUCGCGAAUCGAUCAAAGGAAGAUGGUUGUCUUUGCUUUGCCAUUGAAGGGGGUGAAUUGCUGAGGCCUUCUCUUACUUGGGGAAGGAAAGGUCGUCGAAGCUAA